GCGCUGGUGGCGGCGCAGCAUCGUCCGGGUGCGAACUUGGUGGAAAUGGAGCGUGUCGUCAUGAGGGCUCCGGCCGGCUGCGCUCCCCUGCGCGGCCUCGGAGGCUGCGGCUGCGUGCGGGAGCGGUGCGGGGGCCGCGUGUGCCCGUAGCUUUGUGAGCUGCAGGCAGCGAUCUCGGCUCGGUCCUCGGUGGUCUCUGGUGAGGCAGAAAGGGAGGAGGUGCAAACGGGGCUCGCCGUGCUUUUCUGCGUCGUUUGGAGCCGUAGAAACAGCAGCCAAAUGGUGAAAGCAGUGCUCUGAGAAAGUUGCUGAAAUCAUGAAUCCUGUGUAUAGCCCUGGAUCUUCUGGGGUUCCCUAUGCAAAUGCCAAAGGAAUUGGUUAUCCAGCUGGCUUCCCAAUGGGCUAUGCAGCGGCUGCUCCUGCCUAUUCCCCCAACAUGUAUCCUGGAGCAAAUCCUACCUUCCAAACAGGUUACACGCCAGGCACCCCGUACAAAGUGUCCUGUUCACCCACCAGUGGGGCAGUGCCGCCCUACUCGUCGUCACCCAACCCCUACCAGACUGCUGUGUACCCAGUCCGAAGUGCCUACCCCCAGCAGAACCCAUAUGCACAGCAAGGCACUUACUACACGCAGCCUUUGUAUGCAGCACCACCCCACGUAAUCCACCACACCACAGUCGUGCAGCCCAAUGGAAUGCCAGCAACCAUGUACCCUGCUCCAAUCCCGCCACCCCGAGGGAACGGGGUCACCAUGGGCAUGGUGGCUGGGACCACUAUGGCAAUGUCAGCAGGUACUUUGUUGACAACUCAUUCCCCAACUCCAGUAGCCCCUCAUCCAGUUACUAUGCCCACGUAUCGGGCUCCAGGAACACCAACCUAUAGUUAUGUGCCCCCACAGUGGUGAUCAUCCUGGCAGUCAGUGUUUAAAGAUGGGAGAUAUGCAAUCAAGAAAUUGAGGUUUAAAAGUUGGUGCUGAAGCCCUCAUGCCUCCAAC